AUGGCACACCGCGGAGAGACAUUACACAAGGAUAUUUCCUGCAUCGCAGACCUAAAAGUUCAAGGAAGCAAAAAGCUUCCUCGGAUGGUCAGAGAUUACUACAAUGAAGGCGCUAUGGACCUGAUAACACUUCGCGAGAACGAAGCAUCCUUCGACCGCUACAAAAUCCGCCCCCGGAUCCUAAUCAACGUCGACCAGAUCGACACAUCAACAGAGAUCUUCGGCACAAAAGUCGCCUUCCCCCUAGGUUUCAGUCCCGCGGCAUCCCAGAAACUCGCUCACCCAGACGGAGAAGUAGCAGCCUCGCGCGCAGCCGCAAAAUAUAAUGUAUGCAUGGGGCUGUCGUCGUAUUCAAACUACUCGCUCGAAGACGUGGCCGCGCAGGGCUGCGGGAACCCCUACGCGAUGCAGAUGUGUGUGUUGAAGGACCGCUCGCUCACACUUCAACUGUUGGAGCGUGCCGAGAAGGCGGGAUACAAGGCCCUUUUCCUCUCAGUUGACGUUCCCUUGCUCGGAAAGCGCUUGAACGAGUACCGCAACAAUUACACCCUCCCUGAGGAUAUGUCAUGGCCGAACAUCCUCAGCCAUGGAUUGGAUACGUCUAAUCGAACUGACUAUGAUCCAAGUCUCGACUGGGAAACCACCAUCCCCUGGCUGCGGAAACAUACCAAGCUCCAGAUCUGGUUGAAAGGAGUAUACACACCAGAAGACGUUGAGCUCGCAAUCCAAUACGGCGUUGACGGUGUCAUCAUCUCCAAUCACGGGGGUCGCCAGCUCGAUGGAGUCCCUGCGACCUUGGAUGCGCUGAGGGAAUGUGCACCGGUGGCGCAAGGACGGAUCCCGCUCGCUAUUGAUGGUGGGAUUCGGCGAGGCUCGGAUAUCUUCAAAGCUCUGGCGCUUGGGGCGUCGCAUUGCUUUGUGGGACGGAUCCCUAUCUGGGGGCUUGCGUGGAAUGGGCAAGACGGUGUCGAAUUGGCUAUCAAAAUUUUGUUGCAGGAAUUCCGGAUUACCAUGGCGUUGGCUGGGUGUCGGUCGGUGAAGGAGAUUAGAAAGAGUCAUCUGUCGGUGCUCAAAUCCGAUGGAGUGUUAUCAAAGCUCUAA